AAAAAAGGGGGGAGGCGCACGUUAGCAAGAACAUAGCAAAGACAGUGAGGUGGGUGAAGAAACUGAUGAAACAGGGCGGACAUCUCAAAGACAUUUCUUUACCCAUAAAUAUUAUUUCUUCAACCCACAAAUUAAUCUGCAACCGAUCGAUCGAUCAUUCAUCUCUCUCUCAUGGAGUCUGCAGCUGUCUUGCGCUCUUUUAACUAUGCGAUGGGCACUGUUUCACCUUUGCGCCCUGCAUGCGAGAGACUUGGUGUGGUUUCCAUGCAUAAUGCAUCAUUUGGUUGUGAUCUUCUUUCUUCUCGGAAAAAGCGGGCAGGGGCUCUUGUGGCAUGUGUGAAGUCAUCUGAAGUUGCUGUUGUUGAAAAGGCCAAUGGAUCUGUGGAGAAAAUAACUUCAACAGGUGCAACUUUUCCUAAUGGCUUUGAGGAACUUGUCCUUGGUGUCUGUGACGAGACACAGAUUGCCGAGCUGAAAAUGAAAAUUGGUGGAUUUGAAAUGCAUCUCAAGAGAAACAUUAAAUCAGCAGAAGCAAUCAUCCCUAUCGCUUCGCCUACAGAAGCACCACCGAUCCCUAGCAAACCAAUGACCGAAUCCGCCCCUGCUACCCCACCACCGCCACCCACUUCUCAAAAAGUCACCCCGUUUACAAAUAUUCCUGUUGAGAAGUCAAAGAAGUUAGCAGCACUAGAAGCUUCUGGAGCUAGUGGAUAUGUUCUAGUCUCGUGUCCAACGGUUGGAACAUUCCGGAAAGGCAGGACACUCAAAGGGAAGAAGCAGCCUACUCUUAUUAAAGAGGGUGAUGUUAUUAAGGAAGGACAAACUAUAUGCUAUUUGGACCAGUUUGGCACCGAGCUUCCUGUGAAGUCGGAUGCAGCUGGAGAAGUCAUAAAGAUCCUCUUUGAUGAUGGAGAGGCAGUCGGGUACGGGGAUCCCCUCAUUGCAGUGUUGCCCUCGUUUCAUGCUAUCCAGUAAAUUAAGAUCAUCAGUCACAUUCGCGUAGUUUUUGGGGGUCCUAAGGCUUUGUGGCUUACUUCUGAUCUCGUAUCUUUUGUAUUCUUCUCAUUUGUAGCGUUUUCUAAUUUGCCAAUUUUUGUGGGAUGGAAAUGACUUCAGAUCUGCAACAAGAAACAUAACAGAUCAUAAAUUUCGUCGACUUGAAAGUUUAUAAUCUGUAUGUCAUAUGCCAGGAUUAUAUAUGUUUCUCGACUUUCUUUCGGUUA